ACUCGAAGCCGAUUGUAAAAUGCGCGAGAAAGAGGUAUAAAAAAAACAUAUACAUCGAUACCACAAAUGGCAUGGUGGGGACAGUCAUCAUCUUGUACCAUUGAUUGGGAUCGUUUUACACUUGUAAUUUAUAUUUUGUCCAUACCAGUCGCUCAAAUCACAAACCUUUCCAGCGAAAGGUGGUGUGUAGUUUUUAGGUGGACAUUUAGUAUGAUGGUUUCUUGUUAUGAAGGAGCAUUACAAGAGAAUGAAUUAUAUUCAUCAUUGACAGAGUAUCAGAAUAAUGUCCAGAAGACGCCAUUAUUAAAAUCUUGGAACAUGAGAAUAAUUCUAGAAAGAAAGAUAAUGGAUCUGAAUUACAAUCGUACAGGGAAUUGAGAAAAUGUUUUGAAAGGAGUAUCAUAUUAAUUGGUAAUAUAUUAGCGUUCAUAGAUAGUUUAUUAGCAAGCAAGAUAAAAUUUAAUAAAUGUCUAUGAAAAAGAUAAUCCUGUGGUAUUAUUUUUAUAAAUUUCAAAAUUUUUCUUUUAUUCCAUACAAGAAAAUAUCAAGUGAGAACAAUGCUAAGUAAAAUAUUUCUAAAGAAAAUAUAUUUCUUUAUUUUCAAAUUAUGCUAAUGUAUGACUAUUAUGUCCAAUG